GGGCCAAAAGGAUUCUCAAUACGUUACGUGUGGCAGGCUGUAAUUGAAGGUGCUGGUGGAACAUUUAUUGAAGGACCUGAGGUUGUUACGCCUUUCGUUCCAAUAUAUUUUGCGCCACCUGCUCAAGAAUGGACCUAUAAAGAGACCUUACGUGAAGAAUUUAAUUUUACUCUUCAUAUUACAAAUCACUCCGCCGGACGGAUCACAUACACUCAAUGUUCUCUUCGUAAACAUUACGAAGGUCCUCUUGAUAAGGAUAUCAUAUGUGACAAACACGAACGCUCGCUUGCAUCUACUGAAGGAC